GCACAUUUACUUCUUCCUUAUCACCUCCAUCUCUCACCCCGGUCUCUCUCCCCUCGCGCGGCCGGCGCCCCAACUCCCUCCCCUCCGGUUCUCGCUCGCCUCCACUUCUUCCUCCUCGCCUCUGGGUCCUGACGCCUUCCACCGUCGGCCGGAGAAGCACCUCCGCCUUGCCACCGUCGGGCCCUGCUGUCUCCAGCCAUCGCCGCUCCACCUCCGCCACCCCACCACCGGGUCCCGUCGGCAUCUGGCCACUGUUGCCGGUGCAGCGGCGUGGCGAGGAAGCGCGGGAGGAGCCGGUACGGCGGGACGCGGAGGGCCCCGUCGCCUGGUCCGCAACAGCCUGCAUCCCGGGAGGCCACGAGUAAGAUAAGGCUCUGAGUCCCUCGGAGGAUGGACUCAAAGAUGGGGAGGCAAUAGCUGCGCUGCAAAAAAAUGGAAUUUAUGCCUGCAGAAAUAUGGCUGCCUCACAACACUCUCAAGCUCAGACGAAGUUGCCACUAAACCCUCAAGUGAAUGUGUGAAACAAUCAAUUAGUAAGGAGAAAUAUUUGUAACUUAAUUUCCCACCAAGAAUUAUAUUUUAAAUUUACUUUAGAAGGCUUUAUUCAUAGUACAUUUAAAUUUGAGCAUGCUGUUAUGCCACCAUAUCUUCUAUUUUACUGCUAGGCUCAGCAAGGUUGAGCAUGCUAUUAUGCCAUCCAUAAAAAAAUUAACAUGCUGAAUGUUUUUUUUCCGGUUCAAUUGAAAAUUACAAUGGUUGAUUCUUUUUCCUAAUUAUGCAUUCUAUCAUAAUCUUUCUGCAAUAUUCAAGGCUCGUUGUUUAUCCAAGCCUUUUACAACUUCAUAAGACACAAUGCAUUCGGGCUGCAAGCUUUUGUUACAAGGUCAGUAAGCUAAGUCGCAAUGCAUUCAAGUUGCAAUCUUUUGCUACAUGUCAGUAAGUUUCACUGUUGGCUCCAUAAACAAUUCAUGCUUUAACUAGAUGCUAUAUAUGUAUUUUAGUGUAAAAAUGAAUUAUCAAAAUCUAUGCGCCUAGUAGAAAAUUAAAAAAACGACCUACAUUUUGGGACGGAGGAAGUAGCUAUUAAUGUCCAAAUCAAGAGUCACCAGCUACAAAACGAACACCACUGGUCAAUGAUGAUGGUGCGGCAACGCCGCGCCCCGUUCUUUCUAGUUAUAUAUACUAUAGCUUCAACCUCUCUAGUUGCUCGCAUGUUGUCUCUCACUCGUGUUUAGGUUUAACACAACCAUCAACCUAAACCACACUCUCUUCUAACUUUUUUUUUUAAUUCUUGGUGCCUACUGUAUGUUGUUAACAACGAUACAGUCACCAACUCACCAUAAGAUAAAACUUCACUUAAAAACUAAAUCUGGUUUCAUAUUUUUUGAAGCUUUGAAACAAAAUUUUCACAUCUUUCUAAGAUUAAUCCAGAUUUCAGGAAUUUAACUACAUGAUUAUUUUUGGAAAAAAACAUCUGUAGUCCGAAAAAACAGUCCAUACAGGGCCAAAUUCUACAGCCCAAUUAACCUCCAAGGACCGAGGCUCCAACCAAAAGGGCCCCGACCCAGUGUCAAUGUAAAACGCGAGGAUAUUUUCCCCUUCACCAUUCCCUUCUCAUCCCCUACCUCUCUUGGUUUCGCUGGUAGGCGGCAGCCCGACUAAAGGAACGCCCGCCGUCGCCGUCGCCGUCGCCGACUUCACCUGCGCCCCUCUAUUGGAACACCUGCUUGCUGUUUUUUCUUCUCUGUUCACCUCGUCUGGCCGGGCCGGACUGCCGCAGCCUUACUCCCAGCUGCCCAGGUUUCUGUUGGACCCUUCGACGGCAACGAGCAUCCACCAUACCAGGUAGGUCGACCUGCGCCAAUGCACUGACAACACGGACACGGGGGAUACAUUCUUCGGUGAAGAAUAAUCUUAGCUUUGGACCUUUUUAGUGGACUCGAGCUAUUGCAAUGGAGAUUGUGAACAGUGUUUCCUUCAGCUCAAUUGGAGUCGGAAGAAUUGUAAUAAACAAGACAGUGAAGGUAGGAUGCCAAACACACCGGAUUGGCUGGAAGCUAACAAGGACAUGUUGCGAGUACUCUCCUGGUGCUUCUAGAAAGAAGCAAGAGAAGUAUGAGCAACAACCACAGAACGUCGAUCUUCCAGAAUUACACCCAAAAAACAAAAAGAAACCCUUCCCUGUUCCGAUUAAAAAGAUGCUGCAAGCUUCUCGGCGAGAGAAGAGGCUUGCACAAAUGCAUAUAGAGAAGCCUCUUGAACCCCCAAAGAACGGUUUGCUUGUGCCAGAGCUUGUUCCAGUUGCACAUGAAGUCCUUGAUAACUGGAAAGUGCUAAUCAGAGGGCUCUCUCAACUUCUGAAUGUUGUUUCAGUUUAUGGUUGCAGAAAGUGUCCUCAAGUCCAUGUUGGUCCAGUUGGCCACCAGAUCCAAGACUGUUACGGUUCCGGAAGCCAGCGUCGGAACAGUCAUCACUCUUGGGCUAGAGGUUCCAUCAAUGAUGUUCUCAUCCCAAUUGAGUCUUACCAUCUUUUUGACCCAUUUGGUCGGAGAGUGAAGCAUGAUACCAGGUUUGAUUAUGAUAGGAUACCAGCAAUUGUUGAGCUAUGCAUUCAGGCUGGUGUUGACUUACCACAAUACCCCUCGAGGCGACGGACUGCUCCUGUCCGGAUGAUAGGCAAGAAGGUGAUUGACCGCGGUGAGUUUGUUGAUGAGCCCAAGCCACAACGUUCAGAACACUGUGUAUCUCUGCUUGCUGAGCUCGACACAUUCAGCAACCAACAAGUCCAGUCACCUUCACCAUCAAAUAUGAAAGAGCUUGCCAAGAGGACACUGAAAGCAUACCUUAAUGUCCGGCGAGGCGUCGAGCAGCUGAUGAGCAAGUACACUGUGAAAGCAUGUGGGUACUGCUCUGAGGUCCAUGUUGGUCCGUGGGGCCACAAUGUGAAGCUCUGCGGGGCUUUCAAGCACCAGUGGCGGGAUGGCAAGCAUGGGUGGCAGGACGCGGUGGUUGAUGAGGUCAUCCCGCCCAACUACGUGUGGCAUGUCCCUGACCCCAGUGGCUCUCCUCUCAGAUCCUCUCUCAGGAGUUUCUAUGGCAAAGCUCCAGCUGUCGUAGAGCUGUGUGUGCAGGCUGGGGCUGAAAUACCUGACGAGUAUCGGGCCAUGAUGAGGACUGACAUUGUCAUCCCGGACUCUGUGGAAGCUCGGAUGGCUGCAUAACAACAAUGAUCUGAGCUUCUACGACUACUAUCCUGCAGUUCUUGUCCAGAGUACAGAUUCCAACCAAAUGUGCCGCUUUCUGGGCAUGCUGUGAUGGUGGGUCUCUUAGCCCUGUGGUAAUUGCUCAGGGAGCAGCAGAUGCAUAGUUUGUAUAAUAUAAUUAGCAUAGCUAAAUCAUGAUCGUUUGGGAUUUAAAGCUGAGUUGAAGAUCUGAUUUAAGUACUAUUCGUUGAAAGGUUUAACGCAUGAACCUAGGACGCGCAAUGACAAGCCUGAUAGCCUGAAAGCUAAAAGGAAUGGUCUCUGCACCAUUUAUAAGGUCCAUCCCAUCUUGUUUACAGGCCGCAGAUGCUUUAUUCCUGCCUAUGCUAGACUGUGAGGCACCUAGAAUGCUCAGGAGUCGCCAUACUGAUGGCCUUCCACUUUCUCCAUCGGUACAAUUGCGAGCUAAUGCUUUGGAUUAAACUAAUCACGGUGGUUUGUUCGGGGUAUUUGUGCGCCUGGCUGUAGUUAAUCAUGGACUAAAAGCCUGUGCUGUGCACCUGUGCCCGCCCCCAGAUCGACACUUUGGGGGUAUGGCUACAUGUAUAGUCCUACCAGAUCGUCGGCAUAUUGUGUUCCCCUUUUUGCUGUAUACUAGUACUUUGUAACAUGCAAGCGGAGGCUACUUAUUCAGCGCCGUUCCCUAAUUGUGCUUAUGAAAUGUUUUGAGCUGUA